UCCCACGGCAGCUACUUUUCCACUUUUGCUUACGUAUUUAUGGAUGUUGUGGAGUGCGUAGGUCGGUGGGCGUGUGCCUCCCACAGUCCUUCUUAUACAGGGGGCGUGGCAGGCUGCCCAAUUAAUUCAGAUCAAUAAAGCACUAGUUUAUGUCAUUUUUAUUAAUAAUUUUUGUAAUUUUUUCCUUCAAAAGUUAUAGGAAAGUGUAUACUAAGAAGUGACCAACCCGGCCAAGUUCCCAGUUUUGUUUAAAAAUAAUAAUAAUACUAAGAAAAUAAUAAUAAAAAAGUGAGCAAUGAGUGAGUGCGCGAAUCGAAUAGAACUACUCGUAGUGGAGCUACUAAGGAGCCUCCUAAACGGCGAUGCCUCCUUAAGGAUACCCCGCAACACCACCCCCACCACUAGGGACCACCGACGAGUCUCGUACAACCAUCGCAGCAGCCGACACUCCUUCUGCCUGCUGGUCUACCUCCUGGCCCGCACUCAUAGCCUCCAGGUGCACGGCGGCAGCUACACCGUCCGGGGGCUGUACUACGGGGACCCAGAGCUGUUCCUGUCCCAGAACCGCAUGGCCAGAGCUCGGCUGGAUGUCUGCCGGAUGCUUAGCACCUCUCCCAUGCACCUGGGAGUCCUGGCGGCCUCUAAGGGCCUCGUAGCAGGCGACGUCCAGUUCCUGAUGACCAACGGCGAUGUCCUGGACUGCAGUGUCUACGGAGGAGCUGUGACGCUGCCUUGGAAUCCCGAGAACGUGGAGAGGAUGGAGACGCAGGCGGAGCUGGUGCUUGUAGUGGAGAAGGAGUCGGUCUUCGAGAGCCUGCUGUCCAGGAAUAUCUUCGCCACCUUCGGCCGCCGCUUCAUCCUGAUAACCGGCAAGGGAUACCCCGACUGCUGCACCCGGCGGAUCCUGCACCGCCUGACGGAGGAGAACCACCUGCCGGCCUACAUUCUGGUGGAUGCCGAUCCCUUCGGCAUCGAGAUAAUGCUCGUCUACCGCCACGGCUCCCAGGCAAUGAGCUUCUCCAGCCGGGGAUACACUACCCCAUCGCUGCGUUGGAUAGGCCUCCAUCCCUCGGAGAUAGCGGCCCUCGGCGGUGGAGCCGUUGCCCUGGGCACCGGCGACAACAAAAAAAUCAAUGACCUGCUCGCUCGCAGCGGUCUGGAGGCGGGCGUGCGCCAGGAACUGCGCAUGCUGCGGGAGGUUCAGCUGAAGGCCGAAAUCGAGAGUGUCAUAUGCUUCCUCUCAGAGGACUAUAUUCCGAACAAAAUCAAAAGGAAGUUGUUUCUCUAGGACCUGGAAGGCUAGAGAUGGCUGAAAGAGGAGUGUGUGGAGUGAUUAUUUUAAGUUAUUAGUUAAUAAUUGUUAAUAAUAGUUUUAAGACUCUAGAGAUCAAAUACAUCUGUCUAAUUGGUUAUAAGUGUAAUUAAGAACCACCUGCCAAGUCUAAGAAGGCUAAAUACACGACUUGUGGAACUAUUCCCCUCACUGUAGUUACUCCAAUCCCCUCAGAUAGUUCCUGUAAUCAGUUGUAAUGACUUUUAAUUGGCCAUUAUUGGGAAGAUAUAGUUAAGAUACUUUUGUUCCAAAUACUCUGAGCUUGUACUGACUCUACUUAUUU